UAUACCCCGUCUGCAGUCUCUGGUCAUCUCCUGUACUAUGUCUGCAGUCUCUGGUCAUCUCCUGUACUAUGUCCCGCAGUCUCUGGUCAUCUCCUGUACUAUGUCAGCAGUUUCUGGUCAUCCCCUGUACUGUGUCCGCAGUCUCUGGUCAUCUCCUGUACUGUGUCCGCAGCCUCUGGUCAUCUCCUGUACUAUGUCCACAGUCUCUGGUCAUCUCCUGUACCGUCGCGUCUUAUGGAGCAAAAAAUACGGUACCUACAAUAUGUGAA